AUGAUGUCCCUACGAAACCUCGCCCGCAGCGCCCCGCGGUCUGCUGCUCGUUUCUCCACCAAAGCCAUCCGCCCGCAAUCGUCACUGCGACAGGCUUUCCAGCCAGCGGCAUGGGCUGCCCCAAUUCCCCGCCUCACAGCAUCUUUCCACGUAUCGGCGGCCAGGAGGGACGACAGCGGUGUCAACGAGGAACUUGUCGCAAAGCUUCAGAGCGAGAUCUCCAUGGAGGAGGGCAUGAAGGAGGACGAAGACCUCUCUGCGAACAUCAAGGAGUACCUUGAGAACAGCCCUUUUGAGAUUGAAGACAAGGCCGGCAACCAGGAAGUUGUCCUAACCCGCACAUACAACGACGAGAAGAUCCGGAUCACCUUCACUACCGCCGACCUCAACAACAACCAGCCCGGCGAGGAGCUUUCCGAGGACAAUGCCAUGUACGACGAUGCCGACAUGGACGUACAGUCUGGCGGCGCCAACACCAAGGGUGCCAUCAACCAGGGCAGAACACAAGACGGAAACAUUCGCGUAGCACCCGAGGACCGCAUUGCGCCUGCCGACCGUGAGGAACUCGAGGACGACUACGAGAAUGACGGCGAACAGCAAGGCUUCCCUGCUCAUGCCAGCAUUCGCAUCGAGCGUCCCGGCAAGGGUGCUCUCGCCAUUGAGGCUACCGCCCAGGACGGCGACUUCCUUAUCGAGGACCUCUACUACUUCCCUUCCGCCGAUCUAGCCGAUCCCGCCACCGCCGAGAAGGACUGGUCAAGACGCGCUCUCUACACUGGCCCUCCCUUCAACAACCUAGAUGAGGACCUCCAGAUUCUCCUCGAGAAGUACCUUGAGGAGCGUGGCAUCAACACCCGUCUUGCCCUGUUCAUCCCCGACUACAUUGACCACAAGGAGCAGAAGGAGUACAUCAAGUGGCUCAACAACAUCAAGAACUUCGUCGCAUAA